CAGACUUUGCGUUGUCGUCGGUGCAGACUCAGUUUUUACAAUGUUUCUUUGCACGCAGUGUGUUUCGGUUCCCGUUUUUCAGUUGUGGAAGUGACGUGCAUGGAAGCGAAAUACGGAAAUCCGUGAUCCUCUGGUUCUGCGGCAGCGGGGUGGGAGUAGUGGCUGAUAGACAUAAACACUAGGAACAGUGCAGCAUGGAAGACCACAGCUCAUUAUUUCCUCAAAAUAAUGAUAGCGGAGAACACCCAAUGCCAAAUCUGACACCGCGACAUCAGGAACUCAUCCCUACACCUUUUGGCCCUAUCAAACCGUGGGCGGAACUACCAUGGCAAAUCAAGACGUACUUUUGCAUUGCUAUUAUUUCCUUACUGUGUGUGCUGGGAUUAACCAUUGUAAACCUGGUCAAUCAGCGGAAUGAAGACUUCACAGUGUCGCUCAUACAGUUAAUUGGAAUAGUGUUCUGCAUAUAUUAUGUAACCAGGGGCAUCCUGCAAGAGAAUCGCCAGGAACUCAUCGCCUUUGUGCUUGCCAUUCUCCUUGAAAUGAUUCGUUCAAUUGUGAACUUCAGUGUCAUGUCCAAAGAUGUUAAGCCUAAUGUACAGGCAAGAUUUAUUGUAAUCCUCCUGGUCGGUCUUUUCCAUGUGAUAUGUGCCUUGUGUUUGGUGUUGGGACAGAAUAUGAUGGCAUUCCGUGUCGGAGGUGCACUUGAAAGCCUUCAGUUGCAGUACAGUAGGAUGAGUCUGUGUUUCUCUCUGCUCACGUUUGACCUGCAAGCUCAGCUCUGCCUUUCGGUUCUGGUUUUGUUUUCUGGAGUGUAUAAAAUCUCUACUCUUCACAGCAUCAUACUGGGCAUUGGCUUGUUCUGGGCAUGUCUUAAGGUGACAGUCGGUAUCAUUGCGAUUAUAAAUGAACUGAAGCCUCUUAUCUGGAUUUUUGUGCUGCAGAACCUCCCAGAAAUAGUGUAUCUUGUGUACCUUCUCUAUAAGAUUUCUAUAGAGUGGGGCGAAGGUGGUUCCCUAACAUUGGAAGCUGCUGCCGUGUUUGGGUCUUUUAUCUCUGUGGUAAUUAAAUCCGUCCUGUUUUGGUCAUUGUUUCAUGUUUAUCGCAGCUUUGGACAAGGACUACAGGAGAGAAUGUUUUCAUCCUACGGAAGAAUCGAUUCCUGAGGACACAUUACUUAACUGAGACUCCCUCCCUAAUCCUAAAGACUCUGGUCGCAUUUAUAUUUUUACUACUGGUAAAUGGAAUGGCUAUUUUGUCACAUGCUGCUGUACUUCCCUAAAGAAGAGGUCAAAGGGAAUGGUUUGGAUCUUCUGCACCAAAUCCCUAUUAUGUCUGAAAUCUCUGUUUUAUGAUCUUUUAUUUGAAACUACAUCCAUGAUAAACGUUAUGAGAUAUGAAAAGCAACCUCCACUGCAUCUCACUGAUUCACUAAGUAGCAUCUCAUGCACAAAUACAUUUUGGUUUCUUAAUAAACUUAAGACUAAAAUAA